UCGCGUUUCUCCGGGGGGGACUAUAAGAGGCCUGCCCGCUGUACAGCAAGGCACCAUCCGGUCCACGUUGUUCCCCACGACACAGGCGACUCCUCCUAUCUGCAACCAUGAAGUACUCCAUCAUCGCCGCCAUUGUUGUGCUCGCACUGGCACGAGGAAGCCUCUCAGCCGAGUCUCCUGAGGUCGAGCAGAUGACUCAGUUCUUCGAGGACAUGAAGAACAAGCUGAUGGCCACAGCUCAGGAGCUGAGCGAGUCUAUCCGUACCCAGGAGCUGGCAAACCAGGCUCAGACCUUCCUGGAGGAUGGGAGGGCCAAGCUGGAGCCCCUGGCUACCCAGAUCCACAGCCAGCUGAAGCCCAUUGCCACCAAUGUCGAGGAACAGCUCAAACCCCUGGCCGCUAACGUGCAGGCCCAGCUCCAGCCGAUGGUCGAAAACUUCCAGACCCAGAUGGAAGAGAUGUUCCGCAAUCUGAUGGAGCAGGCCAAGGCCAUCGGCAACUAAGCCCACUUCACCCCAUCUACACAAGGGAGCCAACGCUGCUAAGGUCCUCGUCCACCACCUCGACCCUCUCUCUCAUCAUUGUGUGAAAGAGAUAAACACAGCCAAUUCCUAUUCCACAGUGGAGUGAGAGCUGAAUUGCCAAUUGCAGUGGCCUUGGCCAUGGAGCUAGUCAAAGACAACAACAUGUGUUCUGGUGCUUGGUGACAUUGAUGCUGUAUGCAAAAGUAAACUUUGUCAGAAGGCCCAAUUAAAAUCUGGAACACGA